UUUCGAAUUAUUUGCGGUAGUGUCGAUCAGUAUUUCCUCAUGAUGUGGUUCACGGAGUGGAUUAACCUGCUGGUGUUGCUUGCUUUUGUUUCCACACUGUGCAGUGGGGAAGAGAACGGAGUGACAAUCGAAGUCGUAUACAAACCAGAGGAAUGCACGCGUAAAACAAAGGAUGGUGACUAUCUUGCGAUGGAAUACACAGGCCGCCUUGAGAAAGAUGGGUCAGUGUUUGACUCCAGCCACAAACGCCAACGAACCUUUGAUUUCAUCUUGGGAAGAGGCCAGGUAAUCCAAGGCUGGGAGAAAGGACUGCAGGAUAUGUGUGUUGGGGAGAAAAGAAAACUUAGGGUUCCAUCAUACCUGGGCUAUGGAAAUGAAGGAGUUGAUGAUGUGAUCCCUCCAGGGGCUAAUCUGCUUUUCGAUGUUGAACUAAAGGAAAUAAAAAAUGAUGGAGAAAAAGAGUCCGAGGCUUACCCAAAUGUGUUUAGCAUGAUUGACAAAGAUAAAAACAAGGAACUUAGCAUAGAAGAAGUAAAAAAGUAUCUAGAGGAACAGGAUGGAUUCCCAAAUGAAGAUGAUACCCAUCGUGAAACCAUCGUAUCAGAAAUAUUUGAGAAUGAAGACAAGGAUAAAGAUGGUGUUAUUUCCCAUGAAGAAUUUAGUGGCCCAAAACAAGAUCAUGUUGAACUAUAAGCAAAAUAUAUUUAUAUUUUAGUACCUUCCUGUCAUAAUCUGCCAUUGACAGAUAUCUAUUGAAAUGCAUGAAAAAUUUAGAAAUUUGUCUUUUAGUUUUGAAGUAUUGCCAAGAUCUACAAAUAAAAUGGGUCAUUAUUUUUA